CGGUUGUGUAAUCCGUUGGUUUGUUGUGCGGAGAGGGGCUUGUCUGGAGGAAGAGGCCAGUAUGGAUCCGCCGCGGGAUAUUCAACGUUUUAAACGAAACAUCGCCACUCGGUCCACGGUAUCGUCGUGUUCCUCUCUCGCCAUGGAGAUUAAGAGAAAGAAAAUAAGGGAAAGCAUGUUUUUUCAAAAUGAGGACUGUGAUAUUCAGGAGAAGUUGGAGUUUGAGAUGCGGAUGAGAGCUGGGGCUUACAAGCUUCUGGUUGCCAGCACUAAAAAAGAGCAGGUGCUGGAUGCUUCCAGGAGUCUGUUAACCUGUAAUGCCCGAAUUAAAGCCUACAUGAGUGAAUCCCAGAUGAGGAAAGCGCAGCAGGACAUCAGAAGGUCAUCUGGCUCUCAGGAUCAAAUCCCUUGUAAAGGAAAGGUAGCCAUAUCUGGCCUACGAAUUCCAUUGUUUUGGAAAGAUACAGAACACUUUAACAGCAAAGGGAAUCCACAGCGGGUUGCAGUCUUCUGUUUGAUGAAGAUUGGCUCAGAGAUUUUUGACACUGAAAUGGUGAUUGCAGACCCCUCAAUGACCGAUGUUUGCUUUGAAGGUGUCAAAAUUUUCUCUGAAGCCAAGCCGGACUUUGAACUGGCAUUUGAGCUGUAUAGCUGUGGACUGGAGGAGGAGUCAACCUUUGUCAACACUCCAAAAAAACUGGCCAGGAAACUACGCUCCUCUUUCGGCAGAUCUUCAGGCAGGAAACUCUGCCCUCUUAUGGAUGGAGGAGACCCUGACACUUUCCUCCAGUCCAACCCAAUACCAGUAGGUGCACGGUACUCACUGUUGGCGUACACCACUCUGGGUUUGGAGCAGGCAGAGGGAUCUUUCCAGUCUCAUUCUCUUAUAAUUCUGCAAAAUGUGGAAGCUUCAUCAUGGCUGCCGUUGUAUGGUAACUUGUGUUGUAAGCUGGUGGCACAACCUGACUGCAUGACGCAAGACAUGAUGAGCGGAUACCUGAGCCAACAGCAAAGCAUUGAGGGUUUGCAGCGCCGCUGUAAGCUAUUCUGUGUGCUGAAGGCUGGACAGAUUUCAUGCUAUUACUCUCCUGAAGAAAUCCAAGCAAAAGUGGAGCCCAGCCUCAUUAUUCCCAUUAACAAGGACACCCGUAUUCGUGUGGUAAGAAAGGACCACCAGAGGACUGGCACUAGACUCAACCUGAUAAACCCGGGAAAUGGAGACUCUGCCAGUCAUGUGUUCAUUACUGAAACCCCUGACGUCUUGCAGGAGUGGCUGGAUGCCCUCUGGCAGCACAUUUAUGACCAGAGUCAGUGGCAACAUACAUGUGACAAGAUCAUGGAAAUAGAGGUUUUGUCACCACAGAAACCCCCACUCUUUCUCAUGAAGCAAGCUGACUCUGUUUAUAAUGAUCUGAGCAUCGGGUCCCCUGGGAAAUUUGAGAGCUUGCAGUUGCAGAAGAGCCACACAUCCACUCGCAAAAAUGCACCUCUUGGACAGAUCGAGCACUGUCCGCACCCUUGCAUCCCUCAGAAAAGAGAUGACGAGUCCGAUAUACCUGAAAAGCCUGGGAAAGAGUACAGUCAGGCCCCUCAGCCACCUGUGCCGGCCCCCAGAAACAAACUGAGGAUGUCAUUCAGAGACAAGAUGAACCCAAAAGCCUGGUGAAUUAAUGAGGCGCGAGACAUCUCUUUGAUUAAUGAUCUGUUAUGGAAAGAUUAAACAUCCUUGGAUUCAUAAGGAGAUAAACUCCCUCUUGUCCUUUCAUUGAUCCAUAUCAAGGGUCAAGAGAAUGCUGGGAGUGAAUGGGAGAGUAUAAAUGGCCUUCCUUGUUUGUUCUAGCUUGAACAAACACUUAAAUUCAGACUAAAUUUGCUAUUUUUUAAAGUCUUACGAUAUUAAUUGUUUUUAAAAUAACAGUCCAGUGGUUGAUAGGUGGAUAACCUUCAAGACUUGAUGAUGGCCCAAUUCUUUUUAACUUUAGAACCUUGUUUUACUGUUAUUCACUUGCAUAUCAUGUCUUUUAAAACUAGUUGUCUGUAAUAACCACUACAACCAAGCACUUU